AUGCUCCCCCCAAUCCCAAUCCCCUCCUUUACAACCCUAGCCCUAUCCCUCCUCCUCACCAACCUAGCAACGAGCACAACAACCAAAAACGAACCCCAACUUCUCUCCAACGUCUCCCUCAGCGCGGACGAUGCAUUCUCCCUCUUCAGCGAGAACCCCGGUCUAAACGCCCGCGCCUUAGAAUGCAACGUCGGAUACAGCGAAUGCGCCUACGACACAAGUCGCUGCUGUCCGUCCAGCGGGAAAUGCUGCGGGAACGGGUACUGCGCUGACAUCGGCGAGGCGUGCUGCACAGGCGGUGGCACGUGUGCGGCUGGAUACAAGUGCUGUGACGGGACGACGGGAUGCGCGCCGAUAGGCGGGGAGUGCUGUUCUGGCGGUUACUAUUGUCGGGCCGGGAAGAAGUGUCGCAUCUAUGACGGGGAGAAGGUUUGUUGUCCGUUGAGUGGCUGUAUUGGGGAAAAUGAUGGCAUUGGGUCUGGUGGUACGCUUACGGCUCCGGAUGUUACGUCUACGGAGACGGAGGUUGAGACGACUCGGGCUACGACGACUUAUGUUGAGGUUGAUUGGGAUUAUUAUUAUACUACUAUCUACUGGACUUAUUGGUUCUAUUACUGGACUUCUUAUGCCCCUUACACUGUUCAGACGGUUACUUCAACUACCACGAGUACACGUACUAUCUGGUCUGUUUAUGCGACAGAUAGGGCUGAAGCGACGUCGUCGCUUAGCAGGAAGUCGUCUAGUUACUCGUUCUCGACUCCUUAUGAGGCGACUUCUCUUAAAAGCUCGACUGCGCCUGUCACCUUGUCGACUGGUGCUGCCGCUCCGUCUGCUACCGUGUCUGAUUCAACAGAUGACACUGUUGCAGCUGGUCCAGUUAUUGGGGCAAGUUCCGCGGAGAGUAUGAGCGUUAGUGGAACUGGCAUCCUAGCUGCUGUCUUGGUUGCUGCGGUUGGUGGAUUGGCCUUUGGGCUGUGA